AUUCACGCUGUAGCUUCAAUGGAUGUGAAAAAAUCAGUUGCUAACACAUAUUUGCAUUUUUUCCUAAAACGCACAAAAAAGGCGCUUAAGUCUUAAAAAAAACCCUAUAACAACGGCAUUUGAGCAGAAAAACAGCUGGUUUUGGCAUGUAACCUCAAAUUAGAGAGCAUUGCACCUUUCACAGAUCUAUUGUUAUUUAGCCACAAUAUCCAGCGAAGCAAGUGAAGAAAUCAUUGUCACCCAGAAACUUCCUUAUUGCCUGCCAAAAUGAAGACUCGCUUCAAUACUUUCGAUAUUAUCUGCGUUGUUACCGAGCUGCAAAAACUCAUAGGAAUGCGGGUGAACAACAUCUACGAUAUCGACAACAAGACCUACCUGAUCAGGCUGCAAAGCAGUGAGGGAAAACAGGUCCUGCUGUUGGAGUCUGGAAAUCGAAUUCAUUCCACCAACUUUGAAUGGCCUAAGAAUGUCGCCCCUUCAGGCUUCAGUAUGAAACUGAGGAAACAUUUAAAGAACAAACGACUUGAAAGGUUGUCCCAACUUGGAGUAGAUCGGAUACUGGACUUGCAAUUCGGCACAAGUGAAGCCGCUUACCAUGUGAUAUUAGAGCUGUACGAUCGCGGUAAUAUCGUGCUUACCGACCACGAAAUGACCAUUCUGUAUGUUCUGAGGCCGCAUACCGAAGGCGAAAAGGUGAGAUUUGCCGUUCGGGAAAAGUAUCCGCAGAACCGGGCUCGAGAAGAGGAACAAGUGAGCAGGGAGAGAGUGUUGGAAAUUUUGCAAAAAGCGAAACCCGGGGACCAACUGAAGAAAGUGUUACUUUCCAACUUGGAGUUUGGGCCGGCACUUUUGGAGCAUGUUUUGCUGAAGCAAGGGCUUGUUAACUCGGUCAAGAUUGGGAAAACUUUUGAUAUUCACAAUGAUAUUGACAAAGUGAUAACAGCCAUUUCUGAGGCAGAGUCUAUAUUCAAAACUGCCCAAAGCCAACCAUUCAAGGGAUACAUCGUUCAGAAAAAGGAAGAAAGGCCUGCGACUGACACAAAAGAUGUGGAAGAUUUCUACUCGAACCAGGAAUUCCAUCCUAUGCUUUUCCAGCAGCAUUCUUCCAUGCCUUUUAAGGAGUUUGACUCUUUUUGCGUAGCAGUCGACGAGUUUUUCUCUAGCUUAGAAAGUCAAAAAUUGGAGCUUAAAGCUGUGCAGCAGGAACGCGACGCAAUGAAGAAACUAGAAAAUGUACGGAAAGACCACAGCCAACGAUUAAUUGGCUUAGAAAAGGUCCAAGAAGUCGAUAAACAGAAGGGCGAGCUAAUUACGCGAAACCAGGAAUUGGUGGACAGUGCAAUAUUAUCCAUUCAGAUGCUUCUGGGACAACAAAUAUCCUGGGCUGAUAUAGAUGAAGUGGUAACCGAGGCACAGGCAAAAGGAGACCCAGCGGCUCUGAUAAUAAAAAAAUUGAAGCUGGAAAUAAAUAACAUCAGUGUGUUCUUAACCGAUCCGUACGCCGAAAGUGCAGACAGUGAUGCUUCCGACCAAGAGAACCAAAACGCGGACAAAAUCCCUUCAAUGAUUGUAGAUGUUGAUUUGGACUUAACCGCUUUUGCAAACGCCCGAAGAUAUUACGACCAGAAGCGAUCAGCGGCGAAGAAGCAGCAAAAAACCAUGGAGUCGCAUACAAAGGCUCUAAAGUCCGCGGAAAAAAAGACCAAGCAAACUUUGAAGGACGUACAAACCAUAACGAAUAUCAACAAACUGAGAAAGGGAUACUGGUUUGAGAAGUUCUACUGGUUUAUCAGCUCAGAAAACUACUUGGUUAUCGCUGGUAGGGAUCAGCAGCAGAAUGAGCUUAUCGUUAAAAGAUACAUGAAGCCCACGGAUGCUUACGUCCAUGCUGAUAUUCACGGUGCGAGUAGCGUGAUUAUUAAAAAUCCAACCGGUCUUGCUGUGCCUCCGAAGACUCUAAAUGAAGCUGGCACUAUGGCCAUUUGCUACAGCGUUGCUUGGGAAGCGAAAGUGGUAACCAAUGCCUAUUGGGUUUGGGGAGAACAAGUCAGCAAAACCGCCCCCACUGGAGAAUACUUGUCCACUGGUAGUUUUAUGGUCAGGGGGAAGAAGAACUUUUUACCCCCGUCACAUCUAGUGUUGGGAUUGAGUUUUCUAUUUAGACUCGAAGAUGGAUGCAUAGAAAAACACGUGGGUGAAAGAAAGGUCAUCGUCCAAGAGGCGGACGAUUUGAGCACCAUAGAGAGCGAAUCUGGCAAGGACGAUGAUGUCGAAGUGCCCAUUCUAGACGAAAGUGACGAGGACGAAAUGAACAAAGAAGAACAGGCGGAAGGCAGCGAUUCUAAGGAACCAGCUGACGGGAUCUUGAGUGAAGACGAUGAAAACAAAGAUGAACCAUCGGAUAGUGAAGACGAAUCAAACUUCCCGGCUACACAUAUAAAGAUUCAGCACUUUGGAGGCACAAGGCAAAUUGUUACCGAGCCCGUUUUUAAAAGGAACGAGAAAAACGAUGACGAAAAUGUGAUAUAUUUAGGUGACGACAAGCCCAUAAUACUAAACCCAUCCAUGAGUAAGGGCAGAAGUAGAGGCUCAAGUGAAUCCAGCUACAAAGAUCAUAAAAAAUCAGAAAAAAAAAAUGCCGAGCAACAACAGCCGCAAAUAAAAAGAGGGCAGAAAAGUAAACUCAAGAAGAUUAAGGAAAAAUACAAGGACCAGGACGAAGAAGAAAGACAGUUGAGAAUGGAUAUUUUACAGUCAUCUGGCACGCACAAGGAAACGAAAAAAUCGAAGAAAGGUGGCAAAGAUCAGUAUUCGAAAAAUACGAAAAAAGAACCGCGAAUGCCAAGACCGCAAGAACCAAAAGAAGCCAAUGAUUUGGAAGACGAUGAACCUGUUGUGCAGGCUGAUGUGGAAAUAAUCAACGCGUUUACGGGCAUUCCUGCAGAAGACGACGAAUUACUGUUCGCUAUUCCAGUAAUCGCUCCUUACAAUACUUUGUCCAGUUACAAAUUCAAAGUCAAACUGACCCCAGGGAUAUCGAAAAAAGGCAAAGCAUCGAAAACGGCCGUGUCCAUGUUCAUGAAGGACAAGGCGACCACUCCGCGGGAAAAAGACCUGCUAAAAGCCGUCAAAGAUGAACAAUUGGUCAGAAAUAUUCCCGGAAAAGUCAAACUAUCCGCACCUAAAUUGCAGACUCUUAAAAAGUAAAAUGUUACUGUUUAAUUGUAUUUUUGUAGCUAUUAAUAAAUUCUAUUACAUUCUCA